AUGGUGCUUCUGGGUGCAAUUGACCAAGGAACUUCGUCCAGUCGAUUCCUCGUCUUCGAAUCUGACACUGGAGAGUUGGUUUGCAGCCAUCAAGUAAGAAUAAAAUAAGUUUUAUCUUCUUGUCGCUCUUUUCACGUGAAUCCUAACGGAUUUGGUUUGAGAUCGAAGUCCGCCAACAAUUCCCAAACCAUGGCUGGGUGGAAAUGGAUCCCCUGGAGAUCUUGGACACCUGUACUGAGUCCAUCAACAAGUGCUGCAUCAAAUUGGAGAGCAUGGGGAUCUCAAAGGAAGAGAUAAAAUCGAUUGGAGUGGCCAAUCAACGAGAGACGACCGUAGUCUGGGACAAGGCCACAGGCCUUCCUCUGCACAAUGCCAUCGUCUGGUUGGACACUAGGACAUCUGAAUUGGCUCAAAAUACCAUCAUGAAGACUCCUACUCAGUAAGUCAUCUAUUUAUUUUUGGUCAAAAUGUACCGUAUACUUUUUUUAUGAUAUUGAUUUUUUCAGAGACAAAGAUUACUUCAAGCAGAAGACUGGUCUCCCAAUCCAUCCAUACUUCAGCGCCCUAAAACUUCGUUGGCUUCUGGAGAAUGUUCCCGAAGUUAAGGAAUGCCUUCAUAAAAAGGACCUUCUCUUUGGUACGGUAGAUUCAUGGAUCAUUUGGAAGUUGACGGGAGGUCAGGCUCAUGUUACUGACGUCACCAACGCCUCCAGAACUCUUCUGCUGGACCUUCAUAAAAGGAAAUGGAGCUCUGAAUUAUGCAACUUCUUCGAGAUACCAAUGGAAAUUCUCCCUGAAAUAAAAUCAUCGGCCGAGAUCUAUGGAUACAUGAAGGAAGGAGAUUUGGUCGGGAUACCGAUUGCUGGCUGUCUGGGGGAUCAGCAAUCCGCCAUGGUGGGGCACAAUUGUUUGAAGAAGGGAGAUGUGAAGAACACUUAUGGCACCGGUACUUUUAUGCUAUGCAACACUGGAGUUGCUCCAAUCCUCUCCAAGAAUGGACUUUUGACUACUGUAGGAUUCCAGGUGAGUGAUUAACCUUGCUGUUCUCAAUAUCAUGUAUUUUUUUAGUUUGGUCCUCAUGCACCUGUUUGCUAUGCCUUGGAGGGAUCUGGGUCCAUUGGUGGAAACGUUGUUCGCUUUCUUCGGGACAAUCUUGGAUUUAUAAAAGAGGCAAACGACGUGGAGGAGAUGGCCGGAUCAGUGAAGGACACCGAAGAUGUUUACUUUGUCCCCUGUUUCACUGGUCUUUACACUCCAUACUGGGACGCAUCUGCUCGUGGGACCAUCUGUGGACUCACCCAAUGUGCAACCAAGGCUCAUAUUGCCCGGGCUGCAUUGAAAGCGGUCACUUUUCAGACUGCCGAGAUGGUUGAGGCUGUAGAACACGACAUGGAAGACACCAAAGUUCAAACUAUUAAGGUAACAAAUCUAUGGCAAAUGAGUAUUCUAACCUGUGAGACAACACUAUAGUUAUCCUUUAAGGUUGAUGGUGGAAUGACCUCAAACAAGUUGUUUAACCAAAUGCAGGCUGAUACUCUCGGUCGGCCAAUCGUAUGCUCAAAAAUGGCUGAAAUAUCUGGGUGGGGUGCAGCCAUUGCCGGAGGACUUGGAGCUCAACAAGUAACAUUAGAAGAGUUUACCGAACAUAUCAACCAGAAAGUGGAGACCUUCUCUCCUAUAAAUGAACAUGAACAAAGGGAGAAGGAGAUGAUCAAAUGGAAAGAGGCGGUGAAGAGAGCUCGAGGAUGGGACAACAAUAAAGCAUAA